GACAUUGGUGUAUUCUGCCGGGUGCCUGGAUUAUUCACACACUCAAACUCAGGUGAUAUUUUUACUGGAGUUUCUUCCGUACUGUACGGCGGAAACACUGGCAGAAACAGUUCGCCAAAAUAUCACAGUUGUUUCUGUUCAGCAAAUGAGUGGUCCACCACCACAUACAUAAGAAUAAGAAAGAGAAAACAUUGGAGUUGGUCACCAUUAAGCAAUGGAACAGAUUCGGCUUCAGACCCUCAAUGACAAAGACCACAAAGAUACAACUCUAUACAGAUUAAAGAAAGGAUGGAAACUCCAGUUUGUCCUUGGACCCUCCCUCCAGUCCAAGCAGGUUCACGUCUUCACCAACCACCCCCCUGGCCACACCCCAGUGGUGCGCCCCUUCAACCGAGGGGAGUUCUACGAGUUGCAAUGGCUCGCUGCGUCAAAUUCUCGCUGUGACACGUCGGAUCAGUACUGUGAGGUUCGCCUGCAUCUUGCUGGUUCCUUCCAGUACUACUUCACUCAUGGAACAAGUAACACACCACAGGGAUCAGGUUACUUCAUCGUUGACCCCACCCUGAAGUUGACUGGCGAGACAGACUCCCUCCCCCUGGACUGCGUCACUCUGCAGACCGUAUUGGCGAAAUGUCUUGGCCCCCUUUCAUGCUGGGAGAACCGUCUGGCCACCGCCAGGGAGACAGGCUACAACUUCCUUCACUUCACUCCCAUCCAAGAACUUGGUGCAUCCAAUUCAUCUUAUUCAAUCCGAGACCAGCUGAAGCUAAAUCCAGGAUUUGCCUGCAAGGACAAGGCCUCUGUAUCAAAUGAUGAUGUAUCCAAACUACUCGCCAAGCUCCAGUACGAGUGGGGGAUGCUUAGUCUGUGCGAUGUCGUCUGGAACCACACCUCCUUUGACAGUCCCUGGCUCAAGGAGCACCCAGAGUGCGCGUACAAUGUCCGCAACUCACCUCACCUCCGGCCGGCUUACGUCCUUGACCGGGUGCUGUGGCAUUUCACUCUGGAGGUGAUUGAGGGGAAGUGGGCAGGGGAAGGAAUACCCCCGGUCAUCAACAAUGAGGAGCAGAUACAGAGAAUCUGGAGCAUUCUGGCAGACACAGUCCUCCCAACGUACAAACUGCAAGAGUUUUACCAGCUUAAUGUUGAAGUGAUAGUUGAGAAAUUCAGAACGGCCGCAAAAGGUAAAUUGCCGGCAGCUAAGGAGUCAAUGUCAGAGGAUGUGAAGCUCAUUCAAGAUCCCAUGUACAAGCGACUUGGGGGGUCAGUCAACAUGGAGAAAGCUUUACAGUGCUUCAAUGUCGAGAGGGAAGAAGCGAAAGAUGAAGAAGAGCAGCUUGACAUAUCCUGCAGAGCGUUUGCUGAACAUCUACGCAACUUGAACUCAAGGGCCGCAGACAAGAUGAAAGAUGAUGUCCACAAUGCUCUUAAUAAUGUCACCGCAAAUGUGCGCUACCACCACGUGGAGGAAAGCGGACCUCGCUUCAAGAAAAUUUCGCAAAAGAACCCACUUGUACCAAAGUACUUCCUUCACCCCUGGGACCUGACAGACCCCAAAUCAGAAGAAGCCUACAUGGAGACCGACAAGGCCCCCUUCAUCCAAAUAGGUAACGGCUGGGUCAUGGACGCCGACCCCUUGAAGAACUUUGCCGAGGCGGGGUCCAAUGUGUACCUGAGGAGGGAGCUGAUAGUCUGGGGCGACUCGGUCAAGCUGAGGUAUGGAGAGAAGCCCGAGGAUUGCCCGUACCUCUGGAAUCGAAUGCUGGAGUACUCGAGGACGAUGGCUAGGAUGUUUCAUGGGUUAAGGAUUGACAACUGCCACAGCACGCCGAUACAUGUCGCUGAGUAUUUUCUGGAUGAAGCCCGUAGAGUUAGACCGGAUCUCUACGUUGUUGCUGAGCUGUUCACGGCUUCAGAGCAUGUGGACAAUAUGUUCAUUAACAGACUAGGAAUUAACUCUCUAAUACGAGAGGCAUCAAAUGCCUCAGAUUCGCAUGAGCUGGGACGUCUCGUGUACCGGUACGGCGGGGAACCAGUGGGGUCAUUCCUGCAACCUCAUGAGAGGCCGCUAGCCCCCAGCAUGAGCCACGCCCUUUUGAUGGACGUGACCCACGACAACAAGAGCCCGAUCAUGACUCGAUCUGUUUAUGACUUACUGCCAACUGCUGCCUUGGUGUGUAUGGCAUGCUGCGCCGUGGGAUCCAGCAAAGGAUACGAUGAACUGGUACCAGAACAUAUUCAUGUAGUUGAUGAGAAUCGUCUGUACACCUCAUGGAGAGAGGAUGCAGAUGUCACUGAUGGGGAGGCAGUAGGGGCUAACCACGGCAUCAUCUCUGCUAAGAGGGAUCUAAACAUACUGCAUCAUAUGCUCGGUACUAAGGGAUAUACACAGGUGUACGUUGAUCAAGUAGACAAUAACAUCGUCGCCGUGACCAGACACAACCCAAUGACCCACCAGUCUGUUAUACUCAUGGCGCGUACGGCAUUCAAACAUCCUAGUAAUCCCGGUUACACUGGUUAUAUCCCACCACUAUGUGUCCCAGGUGUCGUUGAGGAGAUCAUCCUUGAAGCCUGCAUGAUCAAGCGAGCAGACAACCCACCCCCUAAGAGCGAGACCCACAUCAACGGCCUGGGGCACUUCUCAGUGGACCUGCAGAGCCAUAUCCACCUGUAUUCUAGCAGGAUGGUGGAGCUGUCAGACCAGGGUGCGGACGGACCCUCGCCCGUACAGGAAAUCGACUUCAUCAAUUUCCCACCUGGGAGUGUGAUCGCUUUUAGGGUGACUUUGAAAUCAACAUCCCGUAAGGCACUGUCCGAUCUCCGAAGCUGCAUAUCACAGUUUGGUUAUCGUGUGCGAACACUCAGCGGUAACUCACCGUCCAUGUCACCCAGCACAAACUUCCACGCCAUCGCUGGGAGUCUGUCUCUGGCCGAUAUGAACCGUGUGCUGUACCGCUGCGAUGCAGAAGAGAGGGAUGAUGGGAAGGGAUCCGGGGCGUACGACAUACCGGGGAACGGCCCACUGGUGUACUGCGGCUUGCAGGGAUUCAUGUCGAUUCUUAAUGAGAUUCGAAGUAAGAAUGACCUAGGUCAUCCUCUCUGUGAGAAUCUACGUCAAGGAGACUGGAUGACCGACUACGUCGCCAACAGACUACUCCUCCACCCAAGCACUAAAAAGCUUGGCAAGUGGUACCAGGCGACCUUCGCUAACCUCACCCUCAUACCCAGGUACCUUAUCCCGUCUUACUUUGACGCCAUCAUGGUAGGAGCGUACUUGGCGUUACUGGAUCUCUGCUGGAAAUCUAUGUCAAGAUUUGUCUCCGAAGGCUCUUCCUUCAUUGGUGCACUCGCCCUCGGCUCAGUUCAGAUGUGUGGCAUAGUCAACACUGCCCCCUUGCCGGACCUUUCUCCCAAGCUCCCGAAAAUCCCGACCAUCGUGGACGAGGAGUCUGGACGAAGGAAACAAUGCGUCCCUACGUUGGCGGCCGGACUGCCCCAUUUCUCAGGAGGUUUCAUGAGGAGUUGGGGGAGGGACACUUUCAUUGCUCUUCCCGGAUUAUUGCUGGUGACUGGGAGAAUGGCGGAGGCCAAAUAUCUCAUUCUUUCUUUCGGGGCGACCCUACGCCACGGCGUGAUCCCUAACCUUCUCGGAGGCGGGUCCCAUGCCCGCUACAACUGCCGUGAUGCCGUCUGGUGGUGGCUGUAUUGUAUCCAGCUUUAUUGUAAGAUGUCAGAGGAAGGAGAAGCGUUCCUCAAGUCUCCUGUCUCAAGAAUCUUCCCUACAGACGAAGAUGAACCUCAGCCAGCUGGGUUUGUUGAGCAAUUGUUGAGUGAUGUUGUCCAAGAGGCAAUGCAGCGUCAUGCAGAAGGGAUCUCAUAUAGAGAGAGACAUGCUGGCAAAGGGCUGGACCAAAACAUGUCUCAUGAAGGUUUCAAUGUCAGCAUCGGUGUGGAUCCUGAAACAGGGUUUCCUUUUGGAGGAAGUAAGUGGAAUUGUGGGACAUGGAUGGACAAAGUGGGCGAGUCUGACAUGGCUGGGAAUCGCGGCACGCCUGCAACACCAAGGGACGGUUCAGCAGUUGAAAUCGUUGGAUUGUGCAAAGCGGCUGUCCGCUGGUUGGCCAAACUCAACAAGGCUGGCCUUUAUCCCCAUACUGGAGUCACUCUAAGGGUUCAUGGCAAGCAGAGCCAGAUGAGUUACAAGGAAUGGGACGCCAAGUUGCAGGCAAACUUUGAGAAGAAGUUCUGGAUCCCGCAGGAUGCGGACAAAACAAAGGAUGAGCUCAUCAACCGAAGAGGAAUCUACAAAGAUAGUGUGGGAGCCACUCAGUUCUGGGCAGACUACCAACUCAGACCCAACUUCCCAAUUGCAAUGGUCGUGGCCCCAGAGUUAUUCACCCCUUCCAGGGCUUGGAUCGCUCUAGAGAUGGUAGAGAAAGUCUUGCUUGGACCUCUUGGCAUGAAGACUCUGGAUCCAUCGGAUUGGGCAUACAUAGGUGAUUAUGAUAAUUCCUAUGAUGGCCAUGAUGCAAGAAAAGCAAGAGGAUUUAACUACCACCAUGGUCCGGAAUGGGUUUGGCCAAUUGGAUACUUCCUCCGGGCCAAGCUGCACUUCUCUCGUCUCGUUCAACCGGACCCGUCUAUAUCCUCCGAUGACCUGUUCCAGUCGACAGUGACCUUCAUCCGACAGACGCUGACGAAGCACCACACUGAGAUCGAGACGUCUGCGUGGAAGGGUCUCCCCGAGCUGACCAACUCGGACGGAAAGUACUGCAAGGAUAGCUGCCCUACCCAGGCAUGGUCCAUGGGCUGCAUACUGGAGGUGCUGUACGAAUCGGACAAGCUGCUGGAACAGUUAGCGGCCAAAUGAGUCUAUCAUCACAUCCCUGUGAAGUAAAUACUACUCAUCACUUCAGUUGAGGCUGUGCAGAGAGGAAGCUUGCAGUUCUACCCCUCUACUGGUUGUCACUCAAGUAGUUGUUAGAUCAUUUGGUUUGUUCGCAAUGAGUGGGGAGCCCUCUAUUGGUAGAAUUCGGUGUGGACUUUGAGUGAAGGUCAUUGUGUUUGAGCUUUGAAGUAUUGUAUGCUAGCUAAAAUGUCUUCCCUGGUAAUGAAAUGCAGCCGUGUGUAUUUUGUAAGCCUACCAUAUAGUGCGUGCUUACGAGUUGAAGUUUAUCAACAUCAAAGCAGGUUGCUAGUUUUUAGGAGGGACAACCUUAGGUGGUCGUGCAUAGUGAGGAUGCAUGAAAAAGUACACUUUCAUAAAAUAAAAAAUCUCUCAGUGAUUUUACUCGGAACAUUUCCGAAUCCAUCAGAUUCACUUUUAGUAUAUUGUAUACCCUAAAGGCACUGGACACCUUUGCAUAAGAUAACAACUGUGAAAAUUUGGACUCAAUUGGUCAUCGAAGUUGC